CAUUUAAACGUAUUAGUAGUAGUAUUGUAAUUAACGUAUUAUUUCUCAGUUCGAGCAUAUGAAGGAGCACCUUUGGUUUCAUGUGCGAGUGUGUUAGAGGUGUGGCUCUACUGAAUUGUGUUGAGGAGGAGGAGGGUCGACUCUCAGCGGUGGAUCCAUGCAAGCGAAGAGACCAGCGGAUACAUUUAUACUGUUUACCCGCCGGGACUGCGAGAAAACAUGCUGGAAUACAAAUCUCAUGGACCAUUACAGACUCACAUCAACUGGAAUUCAAAUAUAAUGAUGUAAUGACUCUAAGCGAUUUAGUGAUUCCAGACAGUCUAAUGGGAUGGUCCCUAACAGGAGGAAUGUGUCCUUUACAAUAAGUGUGUUUGCACUAGAGGAUCUGAUAUCUGAUCACCUUAGACCUCUUUGAGGACAUAAUUGAAAUAUGGCACAGUCCCGGUAUUAGUGAAAGAACUAAUAAGCAUCGUCAACGGGGUGUCAACCUCACAUCCUGAAUACCAAAGAUACCUGGAUUUAAAAAAAAAAAAAUUACAAUUCAGUAACCAUGGCAACCAAAUGUAAAGUCCAUUGGAAACAAGAACCCAUGGAAACCACAAACCCUGUUUGGCUCCUGUUUUUGACCAUAUGGAUAGUUUUGGCUGGAGUUUUACAAGCCACUGUGUCGAAUGAAGAUGAUAUCACAGCACGCAUCAGUUUCCUAUAUAAUGCAGAAGGGCGAUCAGUGAGAGUUUUCUCGGUGGAUGGUGUGUAUAACUAUUCAACUGUUCUGCUGAGCCCAGAUGAACACAAGCUCUAUGUGGGAGCCAGGGAGAACAUAUUCUCUCUCAGCCUGGACAACAUCAGCGCAGUGUAUCUACAGAGAACACUCACAUGGAGCACUCCAGAACGGAAGAGGAAAGAGUGCAGCUUCAAGGGAAAGGACCCCCAGACUGACUGUUUCAACUACAUCAAGAUUUUGCUUCCUCUGAACAACACACACCUCUAUGUGUGUGGAACAUAUGCCUUCAGCCCCACCUGCGCUUACAUUAACAUUUCAAGUUUCUCGCUGGAAAGAGAUGAGCACGGUGAGCAUAUUAUGGAGGAUGGUCGUGGACGCUGCCCUUUUAAUCCAGAAUACAGAUCUGCCGCUAUUAUAGUGGACGGGGAGCUGUAUACUGCUACUGUCAGUAACUUCCAGGGAAAUGAACCCACCAUAUAUAGGAGUCUUGGAUCUGGCACUCCUCUCAAAACAGAAAACUCUCUUAACUGGCUCCAGGAUCCAGUAUUUGCGGGCUCAGCUCAUAUUACAGGUCCAGACAGCGACUGGGGUGAUGAUCAGGUUUACUUUUUCUUCAGUGAGAUGGGGAAGGAGUUUGAUUUCUUUGAUAGCACCAUAGUGUCCAGGAUUGCACGUGUGUGCAAGGAGGAUCAGGGUGGGGAGAGAGUCUUGCAGAAGAAGUGGACCACAUUUCUGAAAGCGCAACUCUUGUGUUCUCUACCGUACGAUGGCUUUCCUUUCAACAUCAUCCAGGAUGUAUAUGUGCUUUCAGCUAAACACAAGAAAGAAACACUCCUCUAUGCAGUCUUCACUUCUCAGUGGAGCAAAGGUUUGGCAGGCAGUUCGGCAGUGUGCGUGUUCAGCAUGGUUCAGGUUGCGCAAGCGUUUAGUGGCCGUUACAAAGAAGUCAGCCGAGAGACACAGCAGUGGUACACACACACUCAAUCUGUACCGGAACCACGACCUGGAAUGUGUAUUACUAAUGCUUCAAGGCAGCUGGGAAUUGAGUCAUCCCUGGAUAUGCCAGAUAAGGUACUAAACUUUGUGAAAGACCACUUCCUGAUGGACAGUCCAAUCAAAAGCCAGCCUGUGCUGUUCACACACUCUGUACAGUACACACAAAUCGCUGUGCACCGCGUACAAGGCCUCCACAGAGCUUACGAUGUGAUGUUCAUUGGCACAGAUGAUGGACGUUUGCAAAAGGCUGUGAAUGUGGCUGGAAUGAUGUACAUUAUUGAGGAGAUCAGUGUGUUCUCAGAGCCACAACCUGUGCAAAACAUUGAGCUGGCCUCAACAAAGGGCUUAUUAUUUGUGUCAUCACACUCUGGUAUUGUGCAGCUGCCAGUAGCAAACUGCAGUUUCCAUAACAACUGUGGGGAGUGUAUUUUAGCCAAAGACCCAUACUGUGCCUGGACAGGCACACAUUGCACUGACAUCACACGUACUCCACCACAAAACAAUUGGCAGCAGGACAUUGAGGAAGCAGACACUUCAUCAAAAUGUAACAGCACCAAGUUCAGAGCUGACUUUGAGAGCACAGUGUUACUGCGCUCGUUCCCAAGUUCCCAAGCAUCCGAUUGCAAGCACAUCAUCGUCCCUGCUAACACUCUUCGUCUGCUGCCAUGCAAGCUUCGCUCCAACCAUGCCCACAGAAAAUGGUCAUACAAGCCAGAUGUUGGUCACUUCCUUUUCCGCAGCCCAGAUGGUGGAUUGGUGGUCAGUGGCCGAGCAGGCAGUGUGGAGGUCUUCUCGUGUUGGUCAGUGGAGCAAGGCUUCUGGCAACUCUUGGCCAAUUAUUGCUUAAAGGCGGAGCCUUUAUUUGAGUCUACAACCAAUACUGGUCGGAUAGAUGCACCUUUUAUAUUCCAGGACAUAUCGUCAGACGUCCUGUCCAGUGAAUCGGCACGCUCUGCUCAACAACGUGUAAAGACAUAUGGCACAGAGCUGGCAGUAGUGUGUGUGUUGUUAGCCAUGUGUGUGCUUUCGUUUGGACUGUCUUUGGUAUACCGACACAGGGGGCGGAUGAAGGAGGUGCUGAGGGGGGGAGGGCAGACUGGAGGAGCCCAGAAGAGUACAGUCAAGCCUGGGGAGAGUUUGCCCCUGAAUAGUGGUGUACUUCCAACCUCCCCAUCAGACCACAAAAGCUACCAGACCUUGGAGGAAAAUCGUGGCUACAUAAUCCCUCAAUCGGAGACUACCAGCACAAACACAUUAACACAGCAAAACUCCAGGGAAACACAGACACUCACCCAAACACCACAGAAUGGGUUCCAAGAGAGUCAUGUGGAGGUCAGUGACAUUUGCCCUCGCCCACGGGUCCGGCUGGGCUCUGAAAUCAGAGACUCUGUGGUGUGAAUUACACACAUUUCCACUCAUAUCUGAGAAACACUCACAAAUACAAUGUGACACUCUUAAUGUUCACGUGAUACAGUCAUUGGGCAGCUUUUCUUGAGGACUGAUUGCACUUAAGUCUUGAGCACGAGCAAAUCAAUGGGACAGAGAUAAAAUGCCACAAGAAGAGAUCUAGAGAUUUGUGCUCUGUGUGUAUUGCCAAAUUUUAGUUAUUUGUGACAGUGCCCUCAAAUCUACUUCUACCCCUCAAACAUCUGCUUGACUCCUUGAGGUUACACUUUAAUUUACCAAAAAGUCUACUGUAUUAAUACGAGGAAGAUAAUCAUGAAAAAGUAGAGUUGUCGUCUGAGAGGAAAACAUGCGGAAGAGUGGAGAAGAUGAGGAGGCCAAGCCUUCCAUGGCUGGUACUGGUGCUAUUAUCACUGCCACACAAGAGUAAUGAUGCUGCACAAUCUUGCAUCAAAUCGAUAAGGUUGUGUCAUACAGUAUGUCUGUUUACAUUCAUGCAAAGGUGAAGUGCAUGUGUGUUCAUGUUUGAAUCUUUUCACCAAAUGGGAAAUUACUGACUCCUGAAACCGUAUAAAACCCAUAGCCCAUUUUCUGCAGAUACACAUUAUACCAGGAUUGAUCACAAAGCACUUCAAAGCAGAGAGCUUGUUAGCAUCACAAAACUUGGUUACUUUCUCCUGAACAUUCAUUGCUUUUUUGUGUGUGUGUGUUUUUCUUCUGCCUUAAAACAGAAGCAAUUUCUUUGCAAUUUGGGGGAAUUAGAGUAUUCUAACCUGAUGUUCGAUGGUGGUAUGAUGCGUAUGGAAACAUUAGAUGUGGGGUAAUUCAAAGAAUAAAUAUUUGGGUUUUAGAUCAAAUGUACCAAACCUGUAUGAGCAUUAAGGAACGACAAGGUUUUCUUGAUACCUUCGAAUGUACAUUUGAAGAAUUGUAUGAAAAUGUAAAAGAGUAAAGAUUCUGUAUUGCCACACACAAAUACACACUCACAGGUUACUGGUAGUUGUAUUCAGUACAGCAUAGUGCAGUGGAUAGAGACUCAAACAGUCAGGUGCACAGUUUAAAAACAUGAAAAGACAAUGUUACUGUAUAAUAAUAUAAUACAAUAUAAUUACAAUUACUGGGAGACCUGUAUAGAAUGAGAAAAGAACAAUAAAUAUGGUAGAUAAAUUGUGCAGUGAACAACAGGUACGAGAGAGUCACAGGUGAAGAGCUCUGAUUCUAGUAGUGAAAAAGCAGUGUUAAAGGGACAGUUCACCCAAAAAUGAAAUUCUCUCAAUUUUCUCACGCUCAUGCCAUCCCAGAUGUGUAUGACUUUCUUACUUCUGCAGAACACAAACUCACACUGCAAGUAAAUGGGUACCAAGCUUUUGAAGCUCCAAAAAGCAGCACAUAAAUGCAGCGUUAAAGUAAUCCAUAAGAAUCCAGUGGUUUAAUCCAUGUCUUCAGAAGUGAUAUGAUAGGUGUGGGUGAGAAACAGAUCAAUAUCUAAGUCCUUUUUUUUUACUAUAAAUUAUCCUCCCUGUUCAGUAGGUGCACAAAGAAUGUGAAUUGCCAAAAACACAAGAAGAAUGUGAAAGUAGACAUCUACAAUAAAAAAAAGGACUUAAAUAUUUAUCUGUUUCUCACCCACACCUAUCAUAUCACUUCUGAAGGCAUGGAUUUAACCACUGGAGUUGUAUGGAUUACUUUUACGCUGCCUUUAUGUGCUUUUGGAGCCUCAAAAUGUUGGUACCCAUUGACAUGUAUUGUAUGGACCAACAGAUCUGAAAUAUUCUUCUAAAAAUCUUUGUGUUCAGCAGAAGAAAGAAAGUCAUACACAUCUGGGAUGGCAUGAGGGUGAGUAAAUUAUGAGAGAAUUUUCAUUUUCGGGUGAAAUAUACCUUUAUGUGAUAGGGAGCAAGUAGUUAGAAAAUGCCUGCAAAUCUGUUUUAUGAUUUUGAAAAAAAAAAAAAAAAAUGUAAAACUUAGUACACAUGCCC